AUGUGCGAACCGAUAAUUACUGCAUCGUUUGGUCUUGCGCCAACACCACCACUUGUUAGUGAUCAGAUCGUCAAAUGUCCAUUAUGUUACGAGCCUUUUAAAGAACCGAAAGUUCUUGCAUGCUUUCAUAGUUAUUGCAAAGGAUGCUUGGAACGUCUUCUUGAUAAUAAUUCAGCAGAGAAAAUUAUUUGUCCAGCCUGUCAAGUCGAAACUCAACUUUCGGUUCAAUUUGGUAUUGAAAGUUUACUUAGUGAUUAUGGUUUGGAAAAUGUUCUAUCGCGACAACUCUCAGAAGAUAAGGGACUCAUUUUUGGUUCACCAAGCUCAACAUCUUCAUCACCUCCAUUGAUCGAUUCGCCAUAUGAGCAGAAUGGAAAUGCCACUUCAAGUUGUACAGGAUGCAAAAGUGGCGAGCGUGCAAGUGCAUUUUGUCAAGAUUGCUCGCAUUUUUUGUGCACAAAUUGCACAAUGGCUCAUCAAUAUAUGCAUUGUUUCGAUGGUCACCGUGUUGACCAGUUGUCGCAUGGCUCGUCGCCUGUAUUAUCGGAUAGAGGCUCAACAUGCAAAUGUAUUCAGCAUUCACAAACAAUACGUUAUUUCUGCUCAGCAUGCAAUUUGGCUAUAUGUCAUGAUUGUACUAAAACCGAUCAUGCUGGCCAUCGCUUUGAUUUAAUUGAUGAUAUUGCUGAUAAAGAAAUGUCUAUAAUGGAUUCACUGGUUCGAGAAGCUCGUAUCAAACAGGAAGAACUAGUGGACAAAUAUCAGGCUGUAGAUGCUGCUCAUAUGCGACUCAACAAUUCAAUGGCAAAAGCGCAGCAAGGUAUUGAUGAAGCUGCACGAGCUUUAAUUCGGGUAAUAGAAGAUUGUCGUAGACAACUAACGAAAGAACUUGAUAAUUUAUAUAGUGCAAAACAAUUGCAGCUAUCCGUCAUUGAUAAAAAAGUUCAACAAAUGACUGAAAAAUUAUCACAAACGAUUGAAUUUACUGAGCGCUUAAUGAAAUUUUCUUCACCAACCGAAGUUAUGGUAUUCAAACAAUUAUUACAAUCACGUUUACAUGUUUUUCUCAAUUAUAAUGCCGAUGCGAAUAAUAUUUUGCAAACUCCAUUCGAAGUAGAAUUUCAACCAGGCAAUAAUAAUACUUCACGGCAACAAAUUAUGGUUCUACUUGGAUCAGUGCGUACAUCUGAAUGGGCUUCAGGAGCUUUACAAAUACCUGGUAUGCCACCAGCACCUAUUGGGCGACCAUCAAAUCAGGUGAAUCGUUCGUCAGCUAUUGGUGCGAUUCCAUCGAUAACUCACUUUUCGGAUUCGAAUCUUCUUCAACAGAAGCAUGAUUUUGGUGGUUCGAAUCAAAGUCUUGGUGCAUUUGGUAAUUUCGAGUCAACUUUAAUUAAUAAUCAAUAUGAAAAAUGGAGUAUGGGUCUCGAUGCAUCUGCAGGAAUGCAACUAACAGAAUCACCCGAAAUGGAUGUCAAUGAUAGAUUGAGCAAUGCUCUGUAUACACCACGAGCGCAAAUUAAACGACAGAAAAUGAUUUAUCAUUGCAAAUUCGGUGAAUUCGGUGUCUUGGAUGGGCAGUUUACUGAACCAUCUGGAGUUGCAGUAAAUGCACAGAAUGAUAUUAUAGUGGCGGAUACGAAUAAUCACCGUAUACAAGUUUUUGACAAAGAAGGUCGCUUUAAAUUUCAAUUCGGCGAAUGUGGUAAGCGAGAUGGACAACUACUUUAUCCGAAUCGUGUGGCAGUUAACCGUGCCACCGGUGAUUUUAUUGUCACAGAACGCUCACCAACUCAUCAAAUACAAAUUUACAAUCAAUACGGACAAUUUGUGCGUAAAUUUGGCGCAAAUAUACUGCAACACCCACGAGGUGUUUGUGUAGAUAGCAAGGGUCGAAUAAUUGUAGUUGAAUGUAAGGUUAUGCGUGUAAUUAUUUUUGAUUCGUUCGGAAAUAUUCUGCAAAAAUUCAGCUGUUCGCGUUAUCUCGAAUUUCCGAAUGGAGUAUGUACGAAUGACAAGCAGGAAAUUCUUAUUUCGGAUAAUCGCGCUCACUGUAUCAAAGUAUUUAAUUACGAAGGUCAAUUUGUUCGACAGAUUGGCGGUGAAGGAGUGACAAACUAUCCGAUUGGCGUUGGUAUUAAUUUAGCUGGUGAUAUUGUGGUUGCAGACAAUCAUAAUAAUUUCAACCUCACUGUUUUCAAUCAAGAUGGCAUAAUGAUCUCAGCAUUGGAGAGUAAAGUUAAACAUGCUCAAUGCUUUGACGUUGCACUUGUUGAAGAUGGAUCGGUUGUUUUGGCUAGCAAGGAUUAUCGUUUAUACCUAUAUCGUUAUCAAACUAGCACUGCGUUCCUUCACAUUGUUUUAUCGCAACGUUCUGAAUGUUAUGUGGAAUAUCCUGAUGAUUAUCAUCGAAUAAUGGUAUUCACUGGUCGUUUUUGUUCAAAAGGAGGGUAA